AUGUCCCAGCUUGAGGAUGAAGUGGAGGAUGAGGACCGCCUUUGCCGCUUUUGCUUUGAAGGAGAAGAGGCUGAGAUGCUUCUGGGCUUUUGUCCAAGCAGCCACGUGCAGUACAUUUUCCUAGCGGUCUGCGCAUGUGGCAGCGAGCAGUCCUGGUUUCGCAGCCCACUCAUCCUGAUUUGUAUGACCAAGACACGCGACAGAGGAGCUGAACUGUUGGCCUCCUUCACAGGUCCAGAGCUCGCUGCCCUGAUUGAGGAACGUUGUUUCAUUGGGUCAGCGGAUGGCUUCAGCCGUGAGCUGGAGCGCCAGGUGGGGUCAGUGGCCAACUUUCCGGGCAUCAUGCGAGAGGGGAUCGUUUGCCUGAAUUGGAUCAGGGGUCUCUUCCUCAUCGUGAAGGUGGUGGAAGACCGACAUCGCGGAAUUGUGUUACUUCGAAUCAGCGACGAUGAGGAGGGCACCAGGUUUUGUCGCAUUCGGGAUGAGCUGGGACUGUUCAUGCAGCACCUCGAAGGCGACGCUAGGACAUUUCACCUCCGAGGGCGCCGUUAUCAAGUUCUUCCGCAAGGCCCAUUGAAGAACUUGACCGAGCAAGAUCCGCCUGAGGUGAGGCGUGAAGUGAUGCGCUCUGUCCGGACCCCGGUGUCCUUUCGACUCCGGCUGGACCCUGUGGACUGCGGGGAAGAUGGAAUUGUGGCGGUAAACCUGGCUCGCCCUUUCGAUUUGGCGAGCUCUGGACGCACCGUGCUGCGCGCACGACAGCGGGCGGCAUACCACGCAGCAGAAGCGAGGGUACUCAAUGAUCGAGGGCAACAGGAAUUGCGUUCACAGGUGACACACUUCAUUGGUGGGCCCUGUGAGGAGGAAAAGGUGGCAUGCUGCGUGGUGGCAUCUGCAUCCGGGUACAGCAUCGUGCAGGAUGAUGCUUGCCUUCUUGCUGCCUUGUCCGCAGCAGAGGAGAUUUGCAGCUCUCUCAACGACACAGCCGCUGAGGGUGCAGCCGCCGCCUUGCGGCUUCCUGCUAUUGAAUCCACCGGAGUUUCCUCCACUUCCACCAGUGAUACUGCAGAUUCAGAUGGGAAAGAGGCCGAGACACCCACGGGGCCCAAGCGACGGCGCAUCGACGACGAUUCGGGCCGGGUGCCGAGCGUUCCGGAGCAAGUUCCGGAGCAGGUUCCGGAGCAGGCUGAUGGAACACCAGAGUCCACCUCCGCUCACUCGCCGGUGCGUGUGUUCGUCUACUGGGGCUAUGCUGGCUGGAGCCGAUGUCAAUUGAUGGGCGAGAUUGCACGAGGUAGCUGGGGACUCUGCAAAGCAAACACACAAGAUGUGGUCUCCAAACGUCCUGAUGAAGUAUGGCAAGCAGUCUAUCCUCGACUUGUCUUUGCACCCAAAAGCGAGAUGAGUGAGAACUACAGCGGCGAAUCGCCACAAGAAGAACGGCGGCAGCAACUGCGACGUAUGGCCAUCAUUCACGACCUUCUGACGGGGCGACAUGCAAGUGCACGGGACGAAGAUGAAGAAGCCGAAGCCGAGGUUUCUGAAGAGGACCCCGAGGAGGAACGAGCGGCCUUGGCCGAAGAGCUCGAAGCAGCCGAUGCCUCGGAAUCGGCGGAGGAGGCCGAGGAAAGUGCCGCCAUCGUGACGGACAGCUGUGAAGAUGUGAGCGGAGAAGAAUGCGAGGAAAGAGGCAGUUGA